CCUCUCUUGACAUAAAAGAGCUGUAAGCCGUGUUGACAAAAUAUCUACUGUAUUUACACACCACUAUACAGAGAGUAAUUUAUUUGCAAAAAAAGGAAAGAAAGCACCUCGUGGCUGAAGAUCAGAUUCAGCACAGAGAGCGAGAGUGAGCCUGGAAACAUCUGGAGACAUAAAGCUGGAAUCGUGUGCUUUAAUUUGUCUGAACGCACUGGGCUUCAGAGGACCUGAAUGAGAGCAGCCGGUGCUCAAAGUCAAUGAAUCAUCAGAGGGAUUUUCUCGCUGAUGAAGAUGAACUUUGGGACAGUUGUGAUCUCUGCGGGUCUGUGCGGGCUGCUCAGCUUCAUCCUGCUCGCCGUGUCCAUCGGCACUGAAUACUGGUACAUUAUAGAUGUGGAUGAAGGGAAGAACUCCAGCCUGGAGUACAGCAGCUCUCACUCCGGACUCUGGAGGAUAUAUGAAGGACAGAACGGCAGUUACCACGACAUUUCGUUCUACACAGACUCGUCCGACCACACCGAGCAGGAGAAGCACCUUUUGAACUUGCACAGGGUCAUCGUGGUCCUGUUGCCUCUCAGUCUGGUGCUGCUGGUCUUUGGUGGGAUCUUCGGUCUGGUGGCGUCUUUGGCUCAGAGCUGCACUCUUCUCACCUGCAUCGCUGCAUACUUCCUCAUCUGCAGUCUGUUGACGGUGUCCGGUGUAAGCAUCUAUAUCAGUUAUUCUCAGCAGGCUUUAGAGGAGCUGCAGCACAUGGUGGAUAUUGAGUCACUGUCUCACGUCCACAUGUCCUUCGGCUGGUCUCUGGUCAUGGCCUGUCUGUCCUUCUCCCUGGAGCUGCUGACGGGGAUCCUGCUCAUGCUAGCGUCCCGUCUCAUCCACCGUCAGUGCCACCACGAGCCUGUUGCAGUGCUCUCCAUGAGCCAGAGCUCACCACAGCUUCUGAGACUGCAGUAAUGAUGAUGAUCAAUCUAUCUAUGGCCUUAUCAAGAGAUGAGUUUGUGCCGCAAAGUAAAAAUGGAGAGCGCUAGAUUGCAAAUGAGACAGCUGCAUCAAUUAUUGAAUGAGAGUGCUCAGUCGAGGUCUGCCAAAUUUGUCUGCUUCACUCGACUGUGUCAGUGCAAUCACGUUUUCCUCAAGGCUUCUAGAAACACAUUUUCCUGAGCUAACCGGUGUCAUGUGGCAUGCAUUUACUGUACAUACACUCUUAAAAAUUAAAGUUCCAAAAGGUGUUUUUCCAGCGAUGCCAUAGAAGAACCAUUUAUGGAUCCCCAAAGAACCUUUUAGUCAACAGUUACUAAAAGAACCAUUUU